CGUUCAUUAAAGAGGAGAGUGAAGACAUGAAGAUUGAUUUUAUUAAAGAGGAGACUGAAGAAAUAAAGAUUGAAGAAACAAUCAGUGUGAAACAUGAAGAUACUGAGGAACAAACAGACCUCUGAAGAACAGGCGAAUCUCAACAUAACACCGACUGUGACGCAACAGUCGGGAUCAUUAAUAUGUAACGUUACGCCCCCAAUAUUUGCAUAUACCAGCCCAUAUUCAAGGCAUUAGACAAGGGCAGGACGUCUGGAUGUGCACAGCAGAAUCAUCAGACUAGGUAAGCAAGCAAGGACAAUAGCGAAAAAUGGCAGAUGGACCAAUAAUAACUGACAUGAUCCAUGAUAUCAUGAUAUUUUUAGUGAUAUUUGUAAAUUGUCUUUCUAAAUGUUUCAUUAGCAUGUUGCUAAUGUACUGUUAAAUGUGGUUAAAGUUACAAUUGUUUCUUACUGUAUUCACAGAGACAAGACUGUCGUUAUUUUCAUUUUUUAAACACUUGCAGUAUGUAUAAUUCAUAAACACAACCUCAUUCUUUAUAAAUCUCUCCAACAGUGUGUAAUGUUAGCUUUAGCCACGGAGCACCAUCAAACUCAUUCAGAAUCAGAUGUAAACAUCCAAAUAAAUACCAUACUUGCGCGAUUAGACAUGCUGCAUGACGAACACUUUGUAAAGAUCCAUUUUUGGUUAUAUUAGCUCUGUGAACUUUGUUUAUGCUGUUUAAGGCAAGCGUGAGCUCCGGGGGCGGGGAGGACGAGAAUUUAAAGGGGUCGCAGCCUAAAUCGGCAUAUAUUUAAUGAUGCCCCAAAAUAGGCAGUUAAAAAAUGAAUAAAAAAAAAUCUAUGGGGUAUUUUGAACUGAAACUUCACAGACACCUUCAGGGGACACCUUAAACUUAUAUUACAUCUUUUGAAAACACGUUCUACGGCACCUUUAAGGUGUUUACAUGAGGUGCUUUUAGAAUAUUCAGUGUUUCCCACAGGUUUGAAACAUACUUGCGGUGGUAGUCGGGUGAAAAAUCCUCCUAUUACCCACGGCACAAAAAUGGUCUACUACAUGUGACAAAUAAUGUGUGAUUUUGAACAGUAUUUUUAUUUAUUGAAAUUAAUUUUAAUUGCAUAGCAUACGAUUACAUUUAAUUACAUACUAAUAUUAUGCAUUAUUAUGCAUUGUAAAUUAUGCAAAAUUACAGCAUUUAAAUGGUUAUCCUUUUCCUAUGUUCUCCUUUCUGUCAUAUAGUGAAUGAAUGAAUGAAUGAGGCAUUUAUAUAGCGCUUUCCUAUGUACUACUGUACACCCAAAGCGCUUUACAAUCAUAUCAGGGGUCUCUCCUCAUCCACCACCAGUGUGCAACAUCCACUUGGAUGAUGCGAUGGCAGCCACAGUACAACGGCGCCAGUGCGCUCACCACACACCAGCUGUAGGUGGAGAGGAGAGAGAGUGAAAGAGCCAAUUCAAUGGAUGGGGAUUAUUAGGAGGCCGUGAUUGGUAAGGGCCUAUGGAGGGAAUUUGGCCAGGACACCGGGGUUACACCUCUACUCUUUACGAGAAGUACCAUGGGAUUUUUAAUGACCACAGAGAGUCAGGACCUCGGUUUAACGUCUCAUCCGAAGGACGGUGCUUGUUACAGUACAGUGUCCCCAUCACUAUACUGGGGCGUUAGGACCCACACAGACCACAUGGUGAGCACCCCCUGCUGGCCUUACUAACACCUCUUCCAGCAGAUACCUGGUUUUCUCAGGAGGUCUCCCAUCCAGGUACUAACCAGGCUCAGCCCUGCUUAGCUUCAGUGGGCAAGCAGUCUUGGGCUACAGGGUGAUAUGACUGCAGUCAUAAUUAGUGUCUCUUUCAGUGAAAGGCACAGAUUUUACUAGUAAAAUUUAUAUAAUGAAUAAUAUAUGUGUCAAAUAAUGUUCUUAGCCUUUUCUUCCUGUAGGGGAGACUGCAAUAAUUUACUAUGAAUUAAAUGGAAACCAAAUUAAAUACAAUUUAUUGUGUAACCAAAAUACCAAUAAUGCCCAAAAGAAAAAGAAUAAACUUAGCGUGUGACUUUUAAUUAUAAACAAGCCCGAAAUACACCGUGACUCUUAUUUUGAAAUGUCUGUACUAUUGCAGGCUGAUCCUUCAGAUUCGAUGUAUGAUGUAUUCCGAUGUAUGAGUCUUGCCUGACUGCAUUGUGCCAAGUGUAAAGUUUGGUGGAGGGGGGAUUAUGGUGUGGGGUUGUUUUUCAGGGGUUGGGCUUGAACCCUUAGUUCCAGUGAAAGGAACUCUUAAUGCUUCAGCAUACCAAGACAUUUUGGACAAUUUCAUGCUCCCAACUUUGUGGAAACAGUUUGGGGAUGGCCCCUUCCUGUUCCAACAUGACUGUGCACCAGUGCAGAAAGCAAGGUCCUUGACUGGCCUAUACAGAGUCCUGACCUCAACCCGACAGAACACCUUUGGGAUGAAUUAGAGUGGAGACUGUGAGCCAGGCCUUCUCGCCAACAUCAGUGCCUGACCUCACAAAAUGUGCUUCUAGAAGAAAGGUCAAAAAUUCCUAUAAACACACUCCUAAACCUUGUGGAAAGCCUUCCCAGAAGAGUUGAGGCUGUUAUAGCUGCAAAGGGUGGGCCAACUCCAUAUUAAACCCUACGGAUUAAGAAUGGGAUGUCAUUAAAGUUCAUGUGCACACAAAGGCAGGUGUCCCAAAACUUUUGGCAAUAUCAUUGAAGUCUGUGAAGUUUAAUGGAGCCUGUUGUCAGAAAAUGCACACUCGCAGGAUUUUCUAACUUUUACAGGUAAAAGUAUAACUGUAAAAUGUAAAUUGUGUGCUGAGGAAAGCACAUCUCAUAAGCAUUAUUUUUUUAAAAAAAAAGUUGCCAGCCACCACCAGCAUUUUAUGAUUUUCACAAAACUUUAAUGGUUUAAAGAUUUUGUAUGAAUAGCUAAACAUGAAAUAUGUCAAGAAAAAUACUACAGCCUCUGCUUUUAAUAAAAGAAUCAAAACAAACAUUUUAUUCUACCUUUAUGCAAUCUUUUUAAUAACACUUUAAUGUGGUUAUGUUUCAUUAUUAUUAUUAUUAUUAUUAUUAUUUUUUUUUUUUUAAAGCAACAUUUUGAACAAAAAACAGAAAAUCUAGCUUUUUUUUUUUUUUUUUUUAAUAAAGACCACGUCUGGAUCGGAUUCAUAGAUCACAUCCAUCAACCCCCCUAAAUCUUGCAUUUUCUACUUUUGAUACCUUACAUAUUAUCUCACACCUCUUCAUGUGCUCAAUAUUUCAUUCAGUAACAUUAAAAAGCUUUGAUUUUAGUGUUGAUUAAUGAUUGAUGAUUGUGUUAGUUUGCAUGUAAUUGAUUAAAGCUUUUAUCGCUUGUUUCUGCUACUUCGUCUGUGUUUUGAUCUGGAGGUUUUAUACUGUUUCAGAUGAGCACCCCUACCGUAUACCAGUGAAAACAGACUGCUGGAAAAUACUGUCAAUAACGGGAAAGCGUGAUGUCAUAAAUGACAGAAAAUCUCAAAACGUGUCUUAAAGGGGUGGUUAAAUGCGAUUUCACUUUUUUAACUUUAGUUAGUGUGUAAUGUUGCUGCUUGAGCAUAAACAGUGUCUGCAAAGUUACAGUGCUGAAAGUUCAAUGCAAACGGAGAUAUUGUCUUUUAAAGUUUAAUGCCUGCAAACAUGACCGGUUUUGGACUACAACGGGUAGGUGACAUCAUAAACCCUGCAAAACACACCCCCGGGAACACGCAACAAAGUGGGCGAGGCCAUGUGGUGCAGCAUGUGGAAGCAGAAGAGUUGUGUACACGCGACGCGUCAAAAGAUAAUAGAACCCAUUAUAAUCAGUGUUAUUUUCUACACUGGAUGCGGCGCUGAAGCAGCUUCCAGAAUCUACACGAGUUCAAUGCUGGAUUUGCUCAAAGGCUUUUACUGAAAGAUGGAGCAGUUCCCACUUUAAAAGCAGAAGCUGCUGUUUAUUGGCUUCAAACUACCUAAUGACACUGAAAGAGGCGAGUCAUGAACUUAAUGAAAUGCAAGAAGAGAAAAAACAUUAUGAUAAACAUAAUGAUUUCAUGACUGGGGAAAGAGCGACACAGGCUAAAAAGUCUUCCUCACGAAAAAGAGCUCAAAAGACAGGAACUAAAAGUUAUUUCACCUGCCAACAGUGUGGAAAGAGUUUUAAACAACACAGAUUACUUAAAGUCCACUUGAGAGUUCACACUAGAGAGAGCCCCAUCACUUGCCAACAGUGUGGAAAGAGUUUCACACGUGAAGACUACCUUAAAGUCCACAUGAGGAUUCAUACGGGAGAAAAGCCUUACACCUGCCAACAGUGUGGAAAGAGUUUCAGUCAAAAAGGAAAUCUUAAAGACCACAUGAGAAUUCACACUGGAGAGAAACCUUUCACCUGCCAACAAUGUGGACAGAGUUUCAGUCAAAAAGGAAGUCUUAAAAUCCACAUGAGAAUUCACACUGGAGAAAAGCCUCACACCUGCCAACAGUGUGGAAAGAGUUUCCCUGUAAAAGGAAGACUUAUAGUCCACAUGAGAAUUCACACUGGAGAGAGCCCAUUCGCCUUCCAACAGUGUGGACAGAGUUACAAAGAAAAAGGAAAACUUGAAAUCCAUAUGAGAAUUCACACUGGAGAAAAGCCUCACACCUGCCAACAGUGUGGAAAGAGUUUCAGUAGAAAAGGAAGUCUUACAGCCCACAUGAAUAUUCACACUGGAGAGAAGCCAUACACAUGUGAUCAGUGUGGAAAGAGUUUCACACAUAAAUUGACCCUUUAUAACCACAUGAAUAUUCAUGCCGAAGAGAAGCCAUUCAUUUGUGGUCAGUGUGGUAAGAGUUUCAGAUUAAAAGGUAACCUUAAGAGCCACACGAGGAUUCACUCGAAAGAGAAGUCUUUCAGAAGUCGUCACUGUGGAAAUAGCAGAGGUGUAAAGAGUACCUGAAAACCAUACUUGAAUAAAAGUUCAGAUACCUUAUCUGCCUCAUCUCCUAAAUCAAACACCUUUGAUUCACAACUACCUGCUAAUGUACUCGCAUUCAUGUAAAGUAGCCUUGUUGACAAGUUUGGGUGGAUAAAGGCAAGCAUACAAGAUAUAAUACCUUCAAUGCCAUCUUUAUAGCAGAAACUGCUGCAGAAAAUGUAUUGGAGGAAAAAGUACAUUUACUUGUUCAAAAACGUAAUCAAGUAGAGAAUAAAAGUUGCUGAUAUCUUUGGUACAAAGUAGUCAAGAAAACACUUAAGUACAGUAACUAAUUACAUUUACUCAAAUACUUGACACUACUGGGAAAUAGUUUCACAGACAGGAAAACUAUGAGAAUCAUGUAAUAACUCACCAGAGAGUUCCCAUGUCUUCAGUGUGAGAAGAGCAUCCCAUAUCAAAAAGACCUGUGCCUCUUAAGAAUGCUCUUAAGAAUAGUCUUAAGCUUUGACUUGAUUGUCAAAGAAUUCUUAGUAAAAAGUAGGACUUUUCUAAGAGUAAAAGACUUUUAUAAAGAAGCUAAAAACAAAUUUCAGUAAAGUCUAAGACUAAUUUUUAAGUGCUGAUUGAGGUGGUACUUUAGUGUGGUGAACUAAGGACUAAAAAUGAUGUCAACUGUAACAACAGAUAAAUCAUCUGGAAAAGCAGUUUGUUCUUCAAUAACCCAGCCAAAUACAUAGGUAAACACCCUGCUACAGACACAAUGAGCCAUAAAAAAUCCACAGAGGAAUUUCCCACUUGGAAAUUCUACCUUUCUCAUUGGUCGUCAACCCUAAGAGGUGUGACUUCUCCCAGACCUUAAAAGCCCCCACCCAGUUCUUUCCCUCUCUCUUGCUCCUGAAUGAUUCUCUGUAGCUCCUGGCCGCUCUGUGGCCUCACAGGCCUCGACCUGCCCCAGCCAUGUGCUCACCUAGAAGAGAGAGAACUCUUCCCCAAGACAAAGACAAACCCAGACCGCAAGUUCACUAUUAUUUCUACAUUCAACGCAGAAGAAAUCCAUUGCAACUUCAGCACCAUCGGACCAAACUCUUAAAGACUCUCUGUGGUGAAAAUCAAAUUUUUAAUGUUAACUAAUGUUUAUAUGUCUAUGUGGUGUUUUUAAUAUGCUUUAAGACAAAACAUGUGCAAAUUCAUGAGUCAGCAACAUUGCUAAGUAUAUACUGUUUAAAACUGCAGUGAAAAAAAGAAAGUCUCAAGCCCGUGGUUUGAAAGCAAAGGAAAGCAUAUUUACAUUGCCUGAAUCAUUCCUUGCUCUCUAUACAGUGCACUACUUGCCAUUCACCAUGUAGAAACUAGUAAAUAUGUGAAGAAAUUACCAAUUUCAGCUGCAGCUUUAGCAUCUGUAAGGGGCCGUUUUUUUUUUGCCCUCACAGUUCACUGACAAGGUUUGUACUGUAAAUGUGAUUGACUGUUAAAGGUGGGAUAUUUUUUCCUAUUGAAAGAGUGAUCUGACAUAACAGUUCACUUUCAGCAGUUAUUUUAUCUAUGGUUCGUAACAUUUCUUACAGAUUUCUGCUCGUUGUAAAUCAGAUACAGAAAAAUUAGCACAUUACCAGUACAUAAUGAGAGCGAUUGCGUGUGUGAAUUAGUCAUACCGUAUCUUUAUUAAUUGUGAAGCUGUGGUUUGUAAAUAGUUCCUUCAAAAGCAGAAAAAUAUAUGAUAUAAUAAGUUUUAAGUUUCUAAGCUACUUUAGUUAUAAAUAACACGACAGCACUGACAACUAGUUUCUGCGUUCCUCUCUGUGUGCGCGAUCUUCACAUUUUGUGCAGCUACUGUUUGUAUGAGUGUUUGUGCCACCAUGCAGCUGCGUGAGCACGGUAGCUCGAUAUAAUAAUACACAUCCAAUCGAUAUAAUUAUAUUAUAAUCGUAUAAUUCUCGACUCAACCCGCAUGAAAGCUGUAAUCUAGCCAGAGCAAGAGCAGAGCAGUGCAACUUUGGCGUUGUAUCUCUUUUUUUUUUUUUACUUCUUGUUAGCAGCUUUUUCAGCGUCGGGCCAAACCAUUAUCUUUGCUUUCCCAUUCCAUUCUGUGCCAUUUGUUUUCCACUGUGGGGCUGAUAACGGUGCUCUUCAGUCGUUGCCUUAGUAACACAAGAUUUUACACACGAUAUGCUAUGUAAAUAGUGACCUCGUUAUGUAGGAUGAUCAGUUAUUUCUUUUAAUUGUAUGAUUAAUUUGUGUUCAUGUUGCUCAAAUAUCAUGUUUAGCAAGCUACGGAGAAACUGGCUGGAAAGUGACUGUUUCUGAUUGAUGACGUCACUACUCGCAUUCUAGCAGUAGCCUACGGUUCGGCACGGUUGGCUAAUUCCGAUGACUACGGUGUCUUCAAGUCACCAAUUUUUCGGGAUGCACUAUACUAUGAGAACCUGUUGCAAGCCCUUCUCAGUGCGCCGCUCGAAUGCUCUGUCGCCCCCCUUAGUAGCACGGCAUGGUUAUAUUGUCCUCGUAGCGUCUUACACGGGGGAAAAUGACGCAGUACGAGUGUAGUAUCGAAAGGUAAAGUACUCGGUUACUAAUGUAACCUUUGUUCCUUUAGAUACAGAACGAGUACUGCAUACUUUGCCGCGCUACUUGCGGGCGCCUCAUGCCGUUGCUUCAGUCAGAAUAAAAUCUGCUUAAAUAGCCCGAUUCCCCGCCCAUUUUGGCGGGCUCGCUCACCAUUGGCUUGGUUUGUUUACUUUAACUUCAUGAACCAAUGGCCAUGCAGUUUCACUGCGUGAUUGAAAAAGGCUUCAGUAAUCAGAAAUAAAGAAGUUUUCCCCCUGUAGCAUCUUGUUUUAGAAAGACAAAUGACGCAGUUCUCGUUCCGUAUCUAAGGGAACUGAGGUUACAUUAGUAACCGAGUACUUUCAUUAUGUAGUUACUAUGGUUUUACUACAAAAACUAUAAUUAAACUAUGGUUACUGUAGUAAAACAAUAGUUGUACUAUAAAAAUCAUGGUUACUACAAAAAACAUGGUUGAGUUUCAUAAGGGUGAGCGUUUGAAAGGAUACUGAUUGUAAGAAGGCAGCUGUCUGACUCUGAGAUGAAGAACGGGAACAUGGUUUGUGUAACAUUAGCAACACAUUAUUAGCUGUUUGAUAACGUAGUCAAGCAAAAGGCUAAUCAUAUUAAUUCAUAUUAAUUAAUGACAGAACCGUCGCAAGGGCUGUGCCAAGUGUGCAAGCGCAUAGGGGCUCACGCUAAAGUAAAGUGACAGCUGAAGUGAAGUAAAGCCAAUAAAGUUCAUGUUUUUGUCCUUCGAAAUAUUUUAAUACUAUAAAACAUAGCUAAAACAAUAUUGCUCUGAGCGUGUGACCGUGAUUCAUGUGCAUAUUCAGUGUGUCCUCGCACGCCAAGUUCUGAGAGAGCUAUUCAGUCCAUUAUAAAUUCGAGAGCAGUCCAAAUGUUUUGCAAAGGCGUUUUACCAAUUCAUAAUUUAAAACACAAUUUAAGCGUCAGAACAUAUGAGCAGUUCAGUUGCAGAGCUGUUAAACUGAAUAUAUGAAGCGAAGCAAGCUUUUUUCUUAAAUAUCCACAACACAAACAACAAAUUGCUCGUAUCCAAUAAAAUAAGUUUUUUUAUUGUUAAAACCGCCUCCUGUGAGGCUCAUGUGAGAGUGCGCACACACACACACACACACCUCAUUUACAUUUAGUUCACACUUUGAUUCAUCCUCUCUAAUCUACAUGUAGCCUCUACUGGUGAUUAUACUGGAUUUAAUACAGAUCACUGCUUUGAUAUCUUAAAUAUGAGAUGAUUCUGUAUUAUGACGACAACCCUACUUUGUGCUGCUCUUUAUUUCAAAUGGUUUUGUGAUCAUUGUCUCUUCUGAUCUAAUUUCACUACUGCAGUGUACUUAUUAUUAGAAAAUCAAACUUUCAGUUCAUAUAUAUUAUAUUGCUGUAGUUAUUUAGCAGCAGUGGUUGAUGAAGAUGAGUGUCAUUAGUGUGUUUUUGUAUUAUUGGUGUUUUAUCCACAUCAUGUUGUGAGAAAUAACAGUAUUGUCUUUAAUUAAAGAAGUUUUAUAGGAUUUUCUCACAUAUCCUGACUCCAAUAAUCAGUUUCUAACAGAAUAAAGUGAGAUGAUCUGCUAAUGA